ACACCCCCCGCAUCUGCCUAUAAACAGACUCGGAACGAUGUUUUCCCGAUGUUUUACGGCGUCGUUCUUUUACUCGCAACGUAAAAGAACCGUCGUUUAGUUGUUUCUUUUUUUUCUCGUGACCCACAAUUUUCCGAAAGGAAAAUGGCGGAAUGGAAGACGCAGGUAACUUACAAUUACAACCCGUCUUAUCAUACCUACGCCUACAGUCUUGUGUACCAGUCCGUAGCCGAGCAAAACGACGGAAACCUGCCUGCCUGGGACGAAAAUGGAGAGCCGGACUACAACGACGGAGCGCAGCAGAACGUAUGCACCGCGGUCGCUCCCAUUGCCACUGUGAACGAGAGCGAGUCCCCGCUACGCAACCCAGGGACCGUGACGGGAAGUUAUCAGAGUUCCGAACUCAUGUACGUCGAUGGGACCCAGGCAGAGCCCACAGCGGAGGCCUAUGGAGACGGAGAGAGUGAGGUGAACCGUGCCAGGAAAAAUUCCGUCAGUGACUCUGAAUCGCACACUUCACCUGAUUCUUGGAGCUCUGUCAGCAGCCGCGAAGGAAGUCUUCCUAAGGUGGCCCCCACUACCUGGGUCGAGAAUGCUGUUAAGGAGGAGCCUGUCGUCAGAACCGUGGAUGGCAGUGAGGAUGUUUCCAGCUCUCUCAUGGAGGACUCCCGAAACUUAGCCACACUCGGGAACGGGGCUAGCGACAACUCAGCCCCUGCACCCCUGCCUUCCCCGAAGACGUCUUGCACCAAUCCUGCAGCUAAUCCCAAAGUGAAGGUCCGGGCAGCCUUCACAGAGAGGCAGAUGAAUGCUCUCGUCCAGCGCUUCAGUGUUCAGCGCUACCUCACUCCAGCUGAGAUGAAGAACCUGGCAGACAUGACUGGACUGAGUUAUAAACAGGUGAAGACCUGGUUCCAGAACCGGAGGAUGAAGCUCAGGAGGCAUCAGAAAGACACCAGCUGGGUAUCAGAGCGUUAUGCCGUCCACAAAGACGCUUCCACUCACAGACCAGCAAUGCCCAACAUGGCCCCACACAUCCCACCUUAUCAAGGAGAUGGUCGGCCCCAGUUCAGGGAGAAUUACAACCAGCACGCGAUGGAGACAGCUUUUAAGAAGACCCCACCAAAUAUGUCCUACUACCUUGCUGCUGUGGGCGGCACAGCUGGAUCCUCCGGUUUUUCACAGUGGCCCGCUAAUACUUCCCAAGCCCCUGUGCCAAAUCAGCCCGAUAAUGAUAGAUGGCCUGUACCACAAGGGGGUGGCCCCUUUGAUUACAGCUCCAACACCUUCAACUCAACUAAUUACAUGCAUGCUGCACAUUUUGAAAGCAAGGAGGGGGAGGCUGUUAACAGCCCCCUAAACCCAGCUGUAAUGCAUCAUGGAAACCAGUAGCUGGUGCGGGUAGUUAUGGAAACCAUUAGUGAUUUCACUGAGGUGUUGAUAAU